CAUAAAGAAUCUUAAUUAGUGUUUCAAGACCCUAGCCUGUUUGUUAAUUUGACACAGGUGAAUGGUGUUCAUCCAGAAUGCAGAUUUAAGCUGGAGAUUCACAAGGAGGAAACAAGGUGCAUGGAACUUCUAAAGAAUGCAAAGCCAGUGGACUACAAAGGAUGUGUUGGAAGCUGGGAUAACAUCACGUGUUGGCGUCCUGCGAGGAUUGGAGAGACUGUCACUGUCCCUUGUCCAAAAGUAUUUAGCCUUUUUUCUGGCAAACCAGGAAAUAUUAGCAAAAAUUGUACGAGUAAUGGGUGGUCAGAUAUUUUUCCUGACAUCUUAAGUACUUGUGGAUAUAAUGACUAUGAAGAUGAUUAUAAGGUCAACUUCUAUGUAAGUGUGAAGGCAAUUUACACCCUUGGACACAGUGUAUCUCUGAUUGCUCUUACUACAGGAAGUAUAAUUCUUUGCCUUUUCAGAAAACUUCAUUGUACUCGGAACUACAUCCAUCUGAACCUGUUCCUCUCUUUCAUUCUAAGAGCAAUCUCUGUUUUAGUCAAGGAUGAUAUUCUCUAUUCCAGCUCCAACACAGCUCACUGUCCAGAGGAUCAAACCUCAUGGGUGGGCUGCAAGGCUAUUUUGGUAUUUUUUCAAUAUGGUGUGAUGGCAAACUUUUACUGGCUGUUAGUUGAAGGACUUUACCUCCACAUCCUCCUUGUGCUAAUAUUCUCCCCCAACAGACACUUCACAAUCUACCUGCUGAUUGGAUGGGGAAUUCCUACCAUAUUCAUUAUUACGUGGACAGUGACACGGAUCAUUUUAGAGGACACUGGUUGCUGGGAUACAAAUGAGCAUGGUGGUCCCUGGUGGGUUAUACGAAUACCAAUUUUAAUUUCUAUUAUAGUGAAUUUUAUACUUUUUGUUAGUAUUAUAAGAAUCUUACUGCAGAAGUUAAGAUCUCCAGAUGUUGGAGGAAAUGACCAGUCACAGUACAAGAGACUUGCAAAAUCCACGUUGUUGCUUAUUCCCUUAUUUGGAGUUCACUAUACAGUGUUUGCUCUAUUUCCUGACCGCAGUUCCAAUAAUUAUAAAAUAAUCUUUGAGUUGUGUUUGGGAUCUUUUCAGGGGUUGAUUGUUGCAGUCCUGUAUUGUUUUCUGAACAGUGAAGUGCAAGGGGAGCUGAAAAGAAAAUGGCGGAGUUUGUGCUGGAAGCAGACAGCAGGCAGAGACUACAGACUCCACAGCUCUUCGAUUUCUCGAAAUGGAUCAGAAAGUGUUUCUCAGCUCCACCGGAAUUCAAGGGCUCAGUCAUUUAUGCAGACAGAGACCACCAUGAUAUAAAUCAGCUAGGUCCCCCAAAACAUGAAAAUCUGUGGGAUAUAUCAGUCAUUAUGCAGCUUAAUGUGAUAUUUUAUAAAAUGUACAGUUUAGUGCUUUGCUUUUCUACAUGUUGGUAUUUGGGAAAUUGGUUUGUGCAGCCAACCAGUUAAUAAGAGACACCUGCCCCAUGGAUGCUUUCUGGGUUUUUUUAGUAGUAUUCAUAUUAGUUCUGAUGUUAUCUUGCUAUUUACUAGCUGUAACUAUUCAAAAACAUUUACUGUAAUGGUCCUUUUAUCCUCCAACAUGUCUACAAGAAAGAUGUGUGGUAUCCUGUUCAAUGUAGACUGCUUGAUACAUGUUGGAAAGUUUAAGAUGGGGAGCAAGAAAUUUUCUUACACUUUAUUUAUACUUAAGGAAACAUUUCUUUCCUAAUUAUGGAAAACAAAUUAAAAAUAAAGAAAUGUAAAACUAUAAUUAACUGCGCUGAGAGUUUAGUGUGCUAAUCCAGGAAAUCAUUAGCAUUUGUAGGUAAAAGGUAGUACUUCUCAGCUAAUUGUAUAAAUUUCAGAGAUUACUUUCUACAGUUUGAUUCCAAUCCUGUUGUUCCUUUCAAAAGUGCCUGGUUUUAUGUUUAGGUGCAGAAAGUAGGACUACCUUUGCAGUCCAUAGGGAAAAGACUACUGUAACAGUUUUAAUUAAAACAUUAGCAUUUUCCAGUAGUGCUGUUGCAAACUCCAGUUGUUCUCUUCUGUUUAAAAUGAGAGAUUUGUGCUCUUUUAUUAAACAGUGUUCUGAAGAGGUGCUUUAUUGCUAGAGCAAUCUGGUAUACGUUACAGCCUUGGAUAGCAUAUUGCUCAUUGAAAAGAUAAUUUUUAUAUAAUAUUUUCGUUGAAAUUGUCUCUAGAACUACAUACUUGGCAGCUACAAGAAGGCAUAUUGCAUUAAAGUUACAACUCCCAUUUAAGGAAUAAUGUAAAUUCUUUUAGCUUAAUUCUAUUCUGUAUCUAUCUCAGUUGAUAAAAUUUUGUCCUGGCCAUGACUCCAGAAAAAAAAAAAAAAAAAAAAAAAAAAAAAAAAAAACAUAAAAGGCAUAAAUAGAAGGAAUUCUCAAUGAUGCCAAGCCUCUUAUGUAGCCACUUGGUAAAAAAAAUGACACAGAACUGACAGAUUUUUAUAGACACAGAACAUUUGCAUUCUUUAAAAGAAUGAAACGCAAUGAUGUUUACUUCCCAUGUCACUUUUAACCAUGUCCACUCUAAAUAGCAAGUGGGAAUUAUAUAUAUUUGCAUGAGUACCUCUGACCCAUAAAAUCAAUUGCCCUGAUAUUUCAGAUAACAGAGUGUAUGGAGCUAGCAGAAUCCAGGGUCCACAAUAUUGCAGGUAAAAGGAAGAACAGCAGCAAGGACACGUCUUGACCUUCUACAUGGACAUUCUUGAAAAUAUUGCCAGUACUGGGAAUAUUGUUGGCAGCCGUCAAAGUGUCCAUACACCUUUUGGUCUGAUUUAAUUUAGCUAUUUGUCCGUCAAACACAAUUUGUUCUAAUGGGAUUACCCUGGAGUGAUACAAAGCUGUGUCAGACCAAAGAUAGAAAAGCCCUCACAGUUCACAUAAGUACUGCAGAACAGGUAACUCUCUGAAUGACGCCAAACUUUACAUAGUAGGUAUCAUUUGAGUUAAACAAUAAUCACUUGAUGAAUUGUUACUUUGCCAGAUUUGACUUUAAAGAAGGUAUUGAUCAUCUCCAGUCAUUCAGACUGUUUCCUGCUGUCAGUUGGUGAAGUAACUGUGAGAUUCUGGCAUGCAGUAGGCUGCCCAAUGACAGUCCCAUGGUGUCUAAAGAUAUGCCCCUACACAGGUAUUUAAACUAAAUAUAUUCCCAAAGGAUUUAGACUCAGGAACCACUGCUAAACUUUAGUAUUUCUCCUGGAUCUCUGAACAACCUUAUCAACAAACUCUUCACUGCAAAUAUAUGAAGACACAUUGGAACUUUGGGGGCUGCUCCUAUACCUAAAUCAAACACAUCUUUGCACUUCAGGCUUCUAUGUCUGAAGUGGCAUUGGGACUGUAUGGCUCCAUGAGAUGUGACGUGCAAGAUGUAGGUUUUUUCCCCAAAUUCUUAGGGUAGAAAAGCACACUUGUCAAGCAUUCAAGUGUGCUCAUCUUUAUGUUCAAAGGAGGUUCUCUGAGUGAGUUGACACACAGACAGAAUGAUGGUAUAGAAAUAGAGAUUUCAAGCAAUCUGUGCCAUAAGUCUGUUCUGCAUGAUACAUCACCAAUUAAAUGUGUCUAUAAGUCAUUGUAUCCUAGAGAAAACUAUCUUUGUUCUAAUUAGGUGAUCUACAUUUUAAUGAUUUCUGGAUUAUAAAACAAAAAAGCUUAAAUAAGAAAAUACAUUUUGAGUUGAAAUGAAACAGCAUAGUUUCCUUUAACAGGGUGCAGACGCAUUUGGAUUUGAUUCUACUUUUCAUGUAGAAAUAAUGCCAUAUAAGACAAUGAAGUUCUACCAGUGGGAGAACAUAGGUGGUAUCACUAAGUUUGUAAAGGAAUACGUGGGCAUGCAAAGAAUGGCACACAAGGGAGAGAGUUGCUGCAUAUAUUUUUCUUUCAAACCAGUGAAAAGUGCAGUACUUUAGAGAACCUCAUCCCUCUAUUAAAAAUCAGAGAAUCUAAAUACAGAAAAUAUAUUUUAUGAGAGUCAGUUUAACUUCAUAAUGAUUUAUGCAAGCAUUUUCAUGUCAGAAAAGGCUCAGAAGGCACAGUGCUCACUUGUUUUUACUCCCAGACAAUUCUGACUUCCAAAUAAUUUUAUGCAGUUACAGCAUCAACCCCAUCAAACAGUCAAACCUGUUUGACUUUCAGCUGCCUUUUCACACAAAUACACAUCAUGUUAAGAUGUAUGUAAACGAUGCAAAACAGUUUGACAAAUCUAGUACUUGGUCAAUGUUUUGUGACUUUAUGACACCUAGAAAGAAGAUAGCUUCUCAUGGCAUUGUAUUUUGCACAAGGAUGUGGAGUUAAAUGCUCCUGCUCUGUGCUGUGGUGACUCUAAGGGUCAAAAGGACAAUGCAGGAAAACAUCAUUUGGCCUUCUGUCAUCCCUAAAAGCUAGUUGUUGCUCAGUCCUAGCAGCAUCGGGGAGGAUGUAGAGGCAGCAAGACAAGCAUGUGCUUUCCUGGCAUGGCCUUGUCACACAGUGCUCCUCCCUUUCUUUCUUCCUUUACUGCCUUUCUCCCUUUGGUUGCAUCAGGGUCCAAACUGACUUGUAAAUUCUUCAGAUCAGGAAAGCUGGUUUUCUGGCCCCACUGAAGAGCCAGUAGCACAUCAUGUAAAGUUACUGAACAAGAAUGGUAAUACAAUUCACUCUUAUACUGCAGUUAAUUGUACUUUACUUUCCUUGGAGCUGCUAGAUUGGCACCAUUCAUUCUGUGUGAUUUUUAUCAGCAUUACCUGCUGCUGAUGCCUGAGGGACACAGUGACAGAUUGCUCUCCAGUUGCUAACCAUGAUCAAAAUCUAAAUAUAAAGCGAGCGUUGACUCAAAUUUUCCUCUGCAGAGUUGAUUUCAGCUAGGUGCUCAAUAAACUCAGGUGAAAUUCAUCUGCCAUGGUUUUGGUAUCUAAAAGAUGGAUGUGUCUCUCUGAGCUAAAGAUUUUUAAAGUGCCUUCCAUAGUCAUCAUAGAGAAAUAGGCACUAGUUGAAGAUGAUGCAUCCCAUGUUCCACUGGGCAUCUAAGGCAGGUGAGCAGAAUCACCUUUUUCUCUAUGCUCAGUAUAAAAUGAGCCAGGAUAGCUAGCUAGUAAUUAGAGUUCUCACUCUACAUCUAAAAUUAGGUAAAUUGAAUCUCUCUUGGAGAGGCCAUUCAGUUAUCUGGCUAAUGUUACCCAGCUAGUCCUUCUUUGUGUUGGCCAAAGUUAUCUUCCAAAAAAUGUGCAGGAUGACUCAAAAGUUCAGGCAAUGGAGAAUCCCUCGGUUCAUCUGGUAGAGUGCCCUUGUGGUUGACUGCCUUCUGUGAUAAAGCCAAUAGCCUUAUGUCCGCUUUGAUCUGCCUGGCUUCAGCUUUCAACAGUUGUUUCUUGUUUUGGGUUUUUGUCUUUUGAAGAGAGGUCAUGCACUAAAAAAAAAAAAAAGAGACCACCAGAAAUAUUCUUCAUGUGAAGUCUCUUGAAAAAUCACUCUUUAAAUCAUGUCUUGAUUUCCUGUCUGGGAAACUAAACAUGUCAAGUAUUUCAGAUUGUGACAGCGAGACGUUUUCUCAAAUAUUCUUCCCAGUUCUCUUCUGUGCCCCAUUCCAUUCAUAAUAGCUUGAGCCAAGAGAAACAAAGAAAAUAUUUCACUAUCUCCUCCUUCAGGACUGCAUACACCAUUGACCGUAUUUCUCACUCCCACUUGUAGCUCACAUGGUCACACCUCUGGAAACCUUUGACUUUACAUAGUCAUUUUAACUGAUCAGAACUGGCUAGUGACAUGCAAUGAGAUUAUUUCUGGCAUGUUUUCUAUCGUAGAAACUAGUACCUUUUUAAAAUAUGUUGGCUUUGGUGUCUCAGUCAGCUUCAUUAAUGUGCUUUGCAAAAUAACCUUAGGAAUAAGGAGAGCACCUUUUUAGCCAUUGAAAGCAGUGCUUGCUUUCAUGAAAUAUUAAGAAUUUGAGGUGUAUUUAAGUAAGUACUCUAUGCACUCCAUGAUGGAGUGCCCAAGACCCUGACAGAUUGCACCUGAACAGCAUGGUGAUGGGUGCUGCAGGUUGCCAGCUGAGGAAAUUUAUUUUAAGCAUACAUUGGAACUGUACUGUAGUGGCAAUAACUAAUUGAUGGCAAAAAGCAUUACAAAAAGCCUUCUGCAGUCAAGUUGAAGGCAGCCCGCCCCACUCUGUCGCAUCUACUUCAUGUCCUGAUGCAACCCAGACAGACUUCCCUCUGCCUUUAACAUGAUGAAGAGGAAAGCAACAGGCAUAGACCCUCAGCAAACCAGUGAAUGUCUGGGACAGAUUUAUGAAAUAAGGCAUUGCCAAGUGCACGUGUCCCACACUCCAUGCAUAAGGACUAAGAUGAGUCAUGUGCAUUAUUAGUCUCCUAUUUUUAUGAGUUCUAAAAACAUCUGUUGACUCUGAAUUUGUCCAUUUCAGCAAAGCAAUUGUGAAUAAAUUCCAAAUUCACUUUGUACAGAAUUUUUUCAGACAUCUCUAGUGAAAAGUGAAGCAUUAAAUGUCUGAUUAAAAGGAAGAACUGGUGAAUAACCUGCAGAAAGCUGCGAUGUAUAUGAGGGUUACUGUCUGAGCAAUUACUGUCUGUGCAUAGGGAUACGGGAAAUACUUUUACCAACAAAAGUACCUUCAUGUUACCAUGAGUGCCUGUAUAAGAUGUGGGCUGUCAGUGUUACCGUGACAUAACCAAAUAGCAGAAGUUAGUAUGCAGUGCUGUUCUGCUGAUGAAAAAAACAAUAUUAAAAUAAGAAUAAUGGGUUCUAAGAGUUACAAGUUACUGUUACAAGAGUACAUCAGGGUAACAUUUAAAAGGAGCAUUCAGGGAUGUGGUUUAACCACUCUGUGUUGAACCUGGUUCUGCCCAAUAACAGUAUGUAGUUAAAUCUAAGUCAGUAACAAUUCCAUUGUCAGCUAACCCAGUAGCUGAAAUGUCCCAGUCCCCUUUAUUUCCCAAAGCAGUGUAAUAAGUUUAUGAUAACCUGCAGCUUUUUUCUUCCUAGCACAUUAGUAUGAGUAUUGUUUUGAAAUCCUCUUUUUUCGUCUUUAUCGAUAACAAUUUGUCAAGUGUGGUAAAAAUUAAACAUAAUGUAAAUUAAUGUGAUUAUUUUUUACAAAAUGUAUAGACUAUGAUGUUGUAUAGAUUAAUGUGUGUAAAUAGGUUUCCUUUUCAUACUGUAAUUCACUAUACUUUUCUGGUUUUGCUCUUUUGUUCUUUUCCGCUUUCAGUUUUUAAUGUCAUGUACCUAACAGCCUUCUCUGAGAUAUGUUAUAUAUAAAGCUGUGAACAAAUAAGCGUUUACAUCUUUAUGCUAUUAGAGGUAAUAGUAGUUAAUAACACCAUAAUGGACUGAAGAGGAAUCAGAGAAUAAAAAUUUUAAAGGUUUU